UGUGUGUGUGUAAGGUUGAUAUAAAAGCUGUGGUACUGCUCGAUAACACACAUAUCCACAGACUGAGUUUGGACCAACAGUCAGGAUGCAUGUAGACCUGCUGUGGCUGACGGCUGCGCUUCUAUCUUUCCCAGUGCAUACACUAUGUGAUCCGCUUAAUGUGUUGGUGGCCCCAAACCUGCUGCGCGUGGGGACCCCUGAGAAAGUGUUUGUGGAAGCGCAGGAUUAUAAUGGAGGUAGCAUCCCAGUGAUGAUUAGUGUGAAGAACUACCCAAAGAAAACUUCAGAACUGACAUCUAAAUCAGUCCUCCUCACUGCUGAUAAAAACUACCAGGCAAUUGUAGACAUAACGAUUCCUGACAAUAUGGGUUUCUUUAGUGAAGACCCACUGGAGAAGCAGUAUGUGUAUCUGCAGGCUGAGUUUCCUUCCAAUGUGCUUGAGAAAGUGGUCUUAGUAUCGUUUCAGUCUGGAUACAUGUUCAUUCAGACAGACAAGAGCAUCUACACACCUGGAACAACAGUUCUUUACAGAAUCUUCUCACUGACUCCUGAUCUGCAGCCUGCUGACAAGAGUGAAGAAAUCUACGUGGAAUUCAUAAAUCCUCAAGGAAUCACAGUUGUCAGAGAAACAUUAGAUCUUAAGGAAGGGACCAAAAGAUUUUCAUACUACAUCCCUGAAAUUGCCAAAUCUGGAAUAUGGACAGUAGCAACACGGUACAAAAACUCCACACAGAAGUUCACUGCUGAAUUUGAAGUUAAAGAAUAUGUGCUACCAAGCUUCGAGGUAACAUUAAAUCCAUCAAAAACCUUUUUCUACGUUGAUGAUAAGAAACUCAACGUUGAUAUAACUGCCAAGAACCUGUUUGGAAAAGAUGUGAAUGGUGUUGCAUUUGUGGUCUUUGGCAUUAAGAAUGAUGAGACUAGAACUAGUCUGCCUGCCUCUUUAACCAGAGUACAGAUCAUUAAUGGAAAUGGACGUGCUGAGCUCACUAAAGAGACGGUCCUACGCUCCUUCCCUGAUAUUAAUCAACUGGUCGGAAGCUUUUUGUACAUUUCUGUCAGUGUUAUAACUGAGAGUGGUAGUGAAAUUGUUGAAGCACAGAAGGGGGGCAUUCAAAUUGUUACAUCACCUUACACCAUCCAGUUCAAGAGAACCCCAAAAUUCUUCCAUCCAGGAAUGUCUUUUGAUGUCACAGUUUAUGUGACCAAUCCGGACCAGUCACCUGCUAAAAAUGUGGACAUACUGAUCCAGCCUGGUGAAGUUAAGGCUCAAACAAAGACUAACGGCAUGGCCAAGGCCAUUCUGAACACCCAGGGAGGAGAUAAGCCACUACAUAUCACUGCGAGAACCUCAGCCCAAGGCAUUCCAAAUGAAAGACAAGCUGAAAACAAGAUGACUGCCCAACCUUACGCCACCAAAGACGGCUCUGGCAAUUACCUACAUUUAAGUGUAGAUGAUGCAGAACUGAAAAUUGGUGAUCAGUUUAACAUCGAUGUAAACUUCAAAACUACUGUCCCCAAUCAAGAUGUAACUUAUCUGAUCCUUAGUAAAGGACAAAUUGUACAAGGUCACAAGUUUCAAAGAAAUGGACACCUUGCAGCGACUCUGUCUCUAUCCGUCACCAAGGACCUGCUUCCCUCAUUUCGACUGGUUGCAUAUUACCAUGUAGGAUCCUCAGAAGUUGUGUCUGACUCCAUCUGGGUCGACGUGACUGACACAUGCAUGGGAACGCUGACACUGGAUAUCAAAAGGAGUAAAAAGAAUACUUUUAUGCCUGGUGAUGAAUUUCAACUCAUUGUUACCGGGGAUCCAAAAGCCAAGGUUGGACUGGUAGCUGUGGAUAAAGCUGUCUUUGUGCUCAACAAGAACAAACUCACACAGGCUAAGAUCUGGGACAUUAUUGAGAAGCAUGACACUGGCUGUACAGCAGGCAGUGGUAAAAACAGUAUGGAGGUUUUCUAUGAUGCAGGUCUACUGUUUGAGUCUGAUAAAUUAGGUGGCACCAAUGAAAGAACAGCUCCUGAGUGUCCUACACCACUGAAGAGAAAACGGAGAGCAGAGACUCUACUCCAGGUUACACAAACACUGAUUUCUAAAUACAACAAUGAACAGAAGAAAUACUGUGCAGAUGGACUGAGGCAGAACAGGCUUGGCUACACAUGUGAACGGAGAGCUUCAUUCAUUUUAGAUGGUGCAGAGUGUGUCAAGGCCUUCCAGGACUGCUGUAAGGAGAUCCAAAAACACAAAGAUAGUCAGGAAGACUUGUUACUUUUGGCUCACGGUGAAAAUGAUGAUGAUGAUAAUGAUGAUGAUGAAUUCAUAAGCUCUGAUGAUAUUUUCACUCGAACAAAUUUCCCUGAGAGCUGGAUGUGGGAGAGCAUUGAGCUGCCAGAUUGUGAAGAAAACAUUCCAUGUGAUAAAACAAGCCUCACCUUGGAUAGUCAAUAUAUCUUAGACUCUAUUACUACCUGGCAAGUCCUAGCCAUCAGUAUGUCCAAGACCCAUGGCAUCUGUGUAGCUGAUCCCUAUGAAAUAACAGUGGAAAAGGAUUUCUUUGUGGAUCUCAAGCUACCUUACUCAGCAGUUCGCAAUGAACAACUAGAAAUCAAGGCGGUUCUGCAUAACUUAUCCACUGAGAAAAUGAAGGUGCGAGUGGAUUUCUUUGAGACAGAGCAUAUUUGUAGCGCAGCCAAUAAAAAGAAGAAAUACCGUACAAUAGUUAAUGUUGAAGCAGAGUCCACCAUUUCCAUCACUUAUGUGAUUAUUCCCAUGGAACUAGGGGAACAUCACAUAGAGGUGCAGGCUUCUAGUUCAUCACGUAGUGAUGGAGUACAAAGAACCUUGAAGGUGGUGUCAGAAGGUGUGCUAACUGAACUCCCAGAACAAAAUUUGGAAUUAAAUCCCUCUAAAGCUGGUGGCAUUCAAGUUGUGCAUGUGAAGACUGAUAUACCACCUGGGAUGAUUCCAAACUCUAAGGCACAAACUUACAUCACUGUGGCUGGUGAGGAGUUAAGUCAGACAAUUGAGCAGGUCAUAAGUGGGGAGUUUAUGGGGCGCUUGAUCGUCCAACCCCAUGGCUCUGGAGAGCAAAACAUGAUCUUCAUGACAUUGCCUCUAAUUGCCACACAUUACUUAGAUACCACCAGCCAGUGGGAAAGAGUUGUACUGCACCGACGUAAUGAGGCUAUCAAGCACAUCCAGACAGGAUAUGCACAAGAACUUACAUUCCGUAAACCUGAUGGUUCUUAUGGUACAUGGACACAUACACCUAGUAGCACAUGGUUGACAGCAUACGUGGCCAAAGUCUUUGCUCUGGCAAGUGACCUAAUCACGAUAAAUGAAGAUAUUCUUUGCAGUGCCCUCAAGUGGUUAAAUAUGAACUCACAGAUGCCAGAUGGCUCAUUUAAAGAAAAUGUCCCAGUCUAUCAUGGAGAUAUGGUUGGUGAUGUACGAGGUAAAGAUGCUGAUGCAUCUCUGACAGCAUUUGUCUUGAUUGCCCUGCAAGAAGGACAACAUCUUUGUGCUAAAUUAGUUGGAAUUCUUCAAGAGUCUUCCAGUAAGGCCACUGAGUAUCUGGAAAAAAGACUCCCCUCUUUGACCAAUCCGUAUGCAGUUGCGAUGUCUUCAUAUGCCUUGGCCAAUGCUGGCAAGUUUAACAAACAGCGUCUGAUGCAAUUUUCCUCUGGAGAUGGUGCUUACUGGGAAGUUGAGAGAGGACAUCACUUCUCACUGGAGGCAACAGCAUAUUCCGCGCUGGCUCUGGUAAAGGCAAAGGAGUUUGAUGCAGCAGGAAAAGCUGUUCAUUGGCUCAAUAAGCAGAGCGGUCCUUACGGGGAUCAUGGCUCCACACAGGCAACCAUACUGGUGUUCCAAGCAGUGGCUGAGUUCUAUAAACAAGUAAAAGAUCUUCAGAAUACAGAUCUGACUGUGUAUGUGAGCGUCAGUGGACGAAGACGUCAAAGAAAAUGGAAUUUCAACAAGAACACUGCAUAUCUUACACGCUCAGAGAAGGUUCAGCUCAGGCAAGAGGUUAAUGUUACUGCUACGGGAACUGGUGCUGGAGUUCUCAAAGUAACAACAGUUUAUUAUGAUAGACCCGUACAAAAGAAGAGCGACUGCAAAAAGUUUGAUCUUUCUGUUGAAAUGAGACAAGAAUCAAAUGUAUCUUACCUAAAUGCCAAAGAAAGUUACGAGGUCAUCAUUAACAUUCAAUUUAAGGAUCCAGAAAGAGAUGCCACUAUGAGUAUUUUAGAUAUCGGCUUGCUGACAGGAUUUAUGGUGGAUGAAAAUGAUCUUCGAGAUCUAACAGUUGGAAGUGACAAAUAUAUACAGAAGUUUGAGAUGGACAAACAGCUUUCAGAACGAGGCUCCCUCAUUAUGUAUUUAGAUAAGGUAUCACACUCUCUCCCAGACAGGAUUGUAUUCAGAGUGCACAAGAUAAAUAAUGUUGCUUUGCUUCAACCGGCUGCUGUCAGUGUGUAUGAGUACUACUCUCCAGGGGAACGCUGUAUGAAGUUCUACCAUCCUACAAAGAAAGAUGGAGCCCUGAACAUAUUGUGCAGUGACCAGAAAGAUCUUUGCCAGUGUGCUGAAGUGUCCACAUCAAGGUUUGUUUGACAGCUUUGAUUUUUCUUGAAAAAUCAUGAACUAAAACAAAAAAGUCACAACAGCUCAUCCUUGGCAGAACUAUUUUGCUCUGAAUUACGAUCCCAUCUGAGUGACGACUUAUCGACCAUUAAGAGUGAACUUUACUUAUAAUGAUGUGGGGAAGCAGUUUAACUCCAAAGGCUUGGCUAAAGCAUGCAACAAUUCCUUUGUACCUCCCCGGGUAGAAUCAAUUGACCAAUAAAUAUCUGAGCAUGGUCAAGUACGUUGGCUGAAUUAACCCUCUGGCAUUAUGCCUUAAGCAAUGCAUUAGGGUCUCUUAAGAUCGAGACACUGUUUGUGUUGUUUAAAUGGUACUAUUGUGUCUUCAUAUACAUGUAAGUUACUAGUUAUGUUUCUUUUAUUAAGAAUAUGUGCAUAUAAAAGCUCAAGUCAUACUUAUUUAAAAGCUUAUUUUUUAAUAACUGCCCUAUUCAGAUAUUUAUGGCUGAAAAGGUUUGUUUUAUAAUAAGGUUUAAGUACACUAUUCAUUAAACUGCUGUGUUUAAAGAGAUUAACAUUUUUUAUGUGAUCUGAAAAUAAGUGUAUCCCUUUAAUUCGUCAAUGGCGGCCAAAAGGGUUGAGAAACUCCGUGUAUACACGAAAGUUUGGUUUAAAUGCACUUGGAAGACAUGCUGUUUACUAUCAAGUUUUGUUAUCUUUUCUGUGAUUGGAUCUUUAUUAUUUUAUACCCACCCAUGCAUAUGAGAGUGCAAUGUGUUUGGUUGGUAAUGUGUCAAUAAAUAGAGAGAGAGAUUGAGACGAGUCGCGUUCAAGAGAGUGGCGGAAGCAGAACGCUCGUGCUAAACGCUCGUGCUAAAUGCGUGUUAUAUGGAUUUGUUUUGUUUUUUUUUAUAAACAGUGUUUUAGUUUUUUUACGCUUUAAUGUUAACCAGGGGAUGUGUUAAUGGACCAUGAUUUCGUCUUAUUAACUGUUGGUGAGACCCUUUUUUUCUUUGAGAAGAAACUGCCCGGUUGUGUGGAAACGGAGUGCCUCUACAUAACGUUACGGGAAUGAUAUACUGCAUUCAGCGUAUUACCUAUUGCGCCUAUUGGUAUUGCACUAUUUAAUACUUUGAGUUGGACACUUCGGGAGAUCAGUUUGAGUUACGGUUGUGAUCGGGUGAGUGAAAAGCACUCGGUGGCAAAGACGUGCGUUCAUCAAGACUGUUCGGUUUGCCUUGGUUUGCGAGAAAUGUACCACUAUUCUCCGAGGAUCGUGUGUGAUGUCUCCGCUUAGAGUGUGAGUGAUCAACAGAGCUCAGGUACCUGUUAUUUGUGUUGGUUUUGGCUCAUUUGAGUGUAGAGGCCAGAUGUAAAUGUUUCAAAGGCCACAACGCAUGCAAGCAACAACACAGGCCUGCAUCGGGGGGUUGGGUGAGUGAGUGUUUGCUUAUGUGAAUGGGCACAAUAAUAUUUAUGGUGAAUUUACACUUUGGUAAUAUGUGUUGGUUUAGAGUGUAAAGUUACACCGUUACUAAACUAGUUAACAGUAAGAGUGCUUAAGUAUUUUCCUUGAGUGCAUAUUCAUUGCUGUUUUUUUUGUAUAUUUCAAAGUGAAGUAUUUGAACUGUUUGCAUUGUUUAUUCAAUUUAUUCAGUAAGGGGAUAAUAAUUCAUUUUGUUAAAACCUAUUGACUAUUGUUAUUCAUAACUAUAUAUUGUUAUACAUAUUUCAACUUACUUACUUAAAUAUAUAAGUAUAUACAUUCUAUAAUUCAUACCACAAUAUAUUUUAUAUAGAAAAAUAAAUACAAAACUGUUUUUAUGAAUGUUUCUUUAUUGUGUUCAGGUAUCAGAGUAUUUUAAUUUCUUUAGUCGAGAGACCCAAAGUUAUUGAACCCGUCACCCCACCCUAAAGAGCUUAGACUUGACACGGCUAAGUAGGGCAGGGGGUGCUACAUACAUUUUUUUUUAAUAUGUUCAGUGUAUAGAUAAAAGUUGAUCUUGUAGCUUUACAUCCUCUGUUUAUGAACACUAGUUGUAUGGGAUGGCUCCCAUACAGUAGUCAGUACAUAGGUUUGCAUCAUUUGGGAUGUGGAUUUUUUAUUUUUCAACUCGAACAGCAGCUGUGAAACACCCCUUCAGUCCAGUUUAAAUGGCAUCUUGAUCUGCAGACUUAAUUUGACCUCAUUAUGACAACUGUGGCUGAAUGGAUUCUAUUGCAAACCAGUGAUUCUUAUUAUAAACAUGGUGAUAAAUAUUGCCAGCUCUUAGCAUAUCAGUUAAAACACCAUACAAGGAAAAUGGAUAUCUGACCCUCAGACAAUUAAAGACACCUUCAAAUCUUUCUAUUCCACCUUAUGUACAUUUAAAUCUCCAGCAGACUUUUAGGAUAUGACCUGCUUUCUAAAGGAUUUAAAUAUAACCACAAUUGAUUCAGCUGUUACUGCAAUAAAAUAAAUUACACAAGCAGUUAAAAUGAUGCACAGCAUUAAAGCACCAAGGUUUUUUAAUAUUUUGGGUUUUUUUUUAGUAAAUGGUCUACAUUUAUUUCCCCAUGAAUCCUUAGUGCAGGGCUUCCUACCAGAGAUGCUCACACAAGCAUCCAUAAUUCUGCUUCUAAAAAGUCUUGAAGCUCUUAUAAUCCCCUCUUUUUGCAAAAUGUAAAUGCUAAGAUUUUGGCUAAAAUGUUGGCUUCUUGAAUGGAAAACAUGCUUUCAAAGAUUAUAUCUGAGGAGCAGACAGGUUUUAUUCAAUUAAAUUUCAAUUCAAGUUUACUUGUGUAGCGCUUUUUACAAUAGACAUUGUCUCAAAGCAGCUUUACAGAACAUAGAGCAGAAGGUAAACAUAAGGAAUGAUGACCAGUGAUUUUAUCAGUGGGAGAGCUAUUUUUUAAUGUUUGCACUCUUCUAAAAGUAAUUCAUUCCAAACAUCUUUGGUCGUGAUUACACUUGACGUUUGACCGAGUGGAGUGGGAAUAUCUUUUGGCAGUGCCUCAGAAAUGUGUGUUUGAUAACAAUUGUAUUUCCUGGGAACACCUUUUAUAUGUCUCACCACAGGCGAGCAUGUAUAUUAAUAAUGUAAUACCCAAAAAUUUUAAGCUAGGAGAGGGAAACGACAGAAGUCCCUCCUUUCCCGUCUGUUGUUCUCACUGGCCAUUGAACCAUUGUCCUUCACUUUGACGUCUUUCUCUUUGUUUAAGGGCAUGGUGCGCUCAGGUAAUGAAAUCAAACUGUCACUUAUUGCUGAUUAUUUAUUAUUAUACAUUUUAAAUCUGGUGUCGAGUUAUGCUAGAAAAAUUCGCAUUGUUUUCAGAUGAGAAAUGGGAUUCCUUUAUAGGUUACUUUAACACCCUUAAAUAUUGGCUUUCUUUCUAACGUGUGUGUCUUCUGUACAUAUGUUUCUAGUUGUGAUGUUUGCUUCUUGUUAGGAUUAGAAAAUAAGAAUGAUCAUGUUUCCUAAUGUAUUUUAUUAAUAAUGAUGGUUAUGCAAUAAAAGGUGUGUACAUAAGGGAGAAAUGGUCUAUAUUCCC